AUGCAGCUCACAAAAGAGCGCAAGGAAGUCCUCCAAGGCACAAAGUCAAGCACGGCUGCUGCAAAUGAUGUCUCUACCUUGAAGAUAAACGGCAGCAGACUGAUGUCUUCGCUCCAUGAAUCAUGUGAAUUUGGAAAGGCGCAUCCUUAUGGAACACACGAGACAGAGACGGGGAUGGCCCGUCUAGCUCUCAAUGCAGCCGACAAAGCUGCUCGACAGUGGUUCGUGCAAGAAGCAAAAUCUCUGGGCUGCAAAGUCACAAUCGACCAAAUGGGCAACAUUUUCGCUGUGCGACCUGGGAAGAAUUCAACAGUGGCUCCCGUCAUGAUGGGCUCGCACCUAGAUACACAACCCACUGGCGGAAGGUACGAUGGAAUACUCGGUGUUCUAGCUGGUCUGGAGGUUUUGAGGACGCUCCAUGAAUGUGACUAUCAGAGUGAAGGAAGUAUUGGGGUCGUAAACUGGACCAAUGAGGAAGGUGCCCGGUUCCCAAUCAUCACCGUCUCUUCAGGCGUCUGGUCCGGUGCUGUUCCAUUGGAAACGGCGUGGAACUGCCAGGAAGUCACCCCAAGCCAGGAUGGCAACCGAUACACCAUGAAAGAAGAACUAGAACGCAUCGGCUUCUUGGGCAGCACUCCCGCAUCGUACGAAUCCCAGCCUAUUGCCGCACAUUUCGAGCUCCACAUCGAACAAGGUCCAAUCCUGGAGGAUGAGAGACGUAGAAUCGGAGUUGUCAGUGGCGGACAAGCUUACAAAUGGUUCGAAGUAGUUGUCCGAGGUAGGGAUAGUCACGCUGGGACAACGCCUAUGGCAGCAAGAAAAGACUCAGUCCUGGCUGCCGCCAAGAUGAUCGUCGAAUCGAACAGAAUCGCAAAAGCGCAUUCCGGACUGAUCACAACUGGCCUUGUCGAGACGGAUCCGGGGAGUAUCAACACCAUGGCGCACACUGCCCGCUUCACUCUCGAUAUGCGGCAUCCUUCGGACAGCGUACUUGCGCAGAUCGAAGACGAAUGCCGGAAGACAUUCAGCAUGAUCGCCGCGGAAGACAGUGAGAGAGGGGUCUCGCUGGAAUGGCGACAACUGGCUGCAAACCCAGCAGUCACAUUUCACCACGAUUGCAUUACCGUCAUCGAACAGGCUGCGGAAGAGACUGUCGCAGAUCUGCCAAAGACUACUGAAGACGGGAAAUUAUGGAAGCAUAUGGUCAGUGGCGCAGGCCACGACAGUUUCCAUACUAGUCGAAGAUGCCCGACUGGUAUGAUCUUCACGCCAACGAGAGACGGGCUGUCACACACACCAACGGAAUACUGCAGUCCUGAAGAUUGUGCACUUGGCGCACAGGUGUUGCUUGGGGCGGUUUUGAGGUACGAUAGGUUGCGAGUUGAGAGAGGAAUGCUCGCUUGA